AUGCCUAUCAUAGUGUCAUCGUUUACAACAUAUCCGAUUGAAUCUGUUCGCGAUGAAGUUCAAAACUCUCCGAUUAAACCACCAACAAUUUCACCUAAAUAUGAUUCAAAUUUAAUGUCAACUGUAAUCGAAUGGCAUGGUAAAAAAGAUGUUCGAGUAAACCAACGACCUCGACCGAUAAUAACUGAUGAUACAGAUGCAAUUAUUCAUGUAACUUCAUCAACAAUUUGUGGAAGUGAUUUACAUAUGUAUAAUGGAGAUAUGAAAGGUAUGAAAGCAAAAGAUAUUAUUGGUCAUGAAUGUAUGGGUAUUGUCGAGAGCGUUGGUAAUUCUGUUAAAAAUAUUAAAGUUGGUGAUCGUGUUGUUGUCAGUGCGCCCAUCGCCUGUGGACAAUGUGAAUAUUGUAAGACUGGCAUGUUCUCAUUAUGUGAUAUUACAAAUGACUCCAAAGUAAUGGAAACACUUUAUGGUCAUCGAAUUUGUGGAGCAUUUGGUUAUUCUCAUUUGACAGGAGGUUAUGAUGGAUGUCAAGCUGAAUGGGUUCGUGUUCCAUAUGCUGAUGUUAAUUUGCUAAAAAUUAAAAAUGAUCGAUUAACUGAUGAACAAGUUUUGUUUCUUAGUGAUAUCGUUUGUACUGCCUGGCAUGCAAAUGUCAUGGGAGGAGUCAGUCCAGGAACAACAGUAGCUAUUUGGGGUGCGGGUCCUGUUGGUUUGUUAACCAUAAUGUGGGCUAAAUAUAGAGGUGCAAAACGAAUUUUCUCAAUUGAUUGUAUUGAAGAACGUUUAGCCAAAGCUCGAUCACAAGGCGCUGAAACAAUUAACUUUUCCAAAGACAAUGUCGUUGAUACUAUGCAAAAGUUGUUGCCUGGUGGUCCUGAUGUAUGUAUCGAUGCAGUCGGUUUUCGUUAUACGAAAAGUUUAGUACAUAAGAUUCAACGUGCUGUCUAUCUGGAAACGGACACACCUGAAAUAUUAGCUGAAGCGAUUACUGUUGUUCGAAAAGGUGGAACUAUCGCUGUCAUUGGAGAUUACUUUUUUACAGCUAAUAUGUUUCCCAUAGGUGCUUUAAUGGAAAAAGCUUUGACAUUACGAGGUGGUCAAUUAUUCUGUCAAAGUUAUUGGCAUGAUCUUCUUAAAAUUAUUGAAAAUGGAGAAGUUGAUCCAACUUUUGUUAUUACACAUACAAUGGAAUUAUCACGAGGUGCUGAAGCUUAUAAAAUGUUUGAUGAAAAAUCAGAUGGAACAAUGUAA